GGCGUCCAGGCGGCGGCGGUGGCGGCGGCGGCUCCUCAGUGUCCGGCUCUGGCUCCGGCUGCGGCUCCUGCCCGGGAUGCCCCACUCCGUGACCCUGCGCGGCCCUUCGCCUUGGGGCUUCCGCCUGGUGGGCGGCCGGGACUUCAGCGCGCCGCUCACCAUCUCGCGGGUCCAUGCUGGAAGCAAGGCUGCACUGGCUGCCCUGUGCCCUGGGGACCUGAUUCAGGCCAUCAAUGGUGAGAACACAGAGCUCAUGACACACCUGGAGGCACAGAAUCGCAUCAAGGGCUGUCAAGACUACCUCACGCUCUCCGUGAGCAGGCCUGAAGGCAGGAGCUGGCUCAAUGCCCCAGAAGAUAACAAGGCUCAGGCACACAGGAUCCACAUCGAUCCCGAGACCCAGGAUGGCAGUCCAACGAUCAGCAGGCGGCCCUCAGCCACGGGGAUUGGUCCAGAAGAUGGCAGGCCCGGCCUGGGAUCUCCUUAUGGGCAAUCACCUCGCCUCCCAGUCCCUCACAAUGGCAGCAGCAGUGAGGCCGCCUUACUGGCCCAGAUGAGCACCCUGCAUGUGUCUCCACCCCACAGCACUGACCCAGCCAGAGGCCUCCCGCGGAGCCGCGACUGUGGAGUCCACGCGGGAUCCGAGGUGUACCGGAUGCUGCGGGAGCCAGCCGAGCCCCCGGCCCCCGCGGAGCCCAAGCAGUCAGGUUCCUUCCGCUACUUGCAGGGCAUGCUGGAGGCCGGAGAGGGCGGGGAGCGGCCCGGGCCUGGCAGUCCCCGGAACCUGAAGCCCACGGCCGGUAAGCUGGGAGCCCCGUUGAGUGGCCUGCAGGGGCUGCCCGAGUGCACACGCUGCGGCCAUGGCAUCGUGGGUACCAUCGUCAAGGCGCGGGACAAGCUGUACCACCCCGAGUGCUUCAUGUGCAGCGACUGCGGCCUGAACCUCAAGCAGCGCGGUUACUUCUUUCUGGAUGAGCGGCUGUACUGUGAGAACCAUGCCAAGGAGCGCGUCAAGCCGCCAGAGGGCUAUGACGUGGUGGCAGUGUACCCCAAUGCCAAGGUGGAACUCUUCUGAACUGCUCCUGGAACACCCCCCACCCCCAAACCCUCACCCCCGCCGCCUCUGCUUCUUUUAAUGCCCCUUGCGCGGCCCGUGUAAAUAUGUGUUUGCUCUGUCUAAUAAACUCCCUCUGCU